UUGUACUUAUCCUCUUCUUCUUUGCAAUAACUGCACCACUUAAUAGUUUUUUUUCCAUAUAUAUAACUAGCAUGGUUUAUUCUUUCUGUUCUCAUGGUUGGAAUCUAGUAAGGACUUGCAAGAGACACUGCUACACUACGCUCCUAUAUUUAUUACUCUCACUUCUUUCACACCCCUCCAACUCCAAUACUUUGUGUAACUAUCAAAAAUCAAAAUCAAAGCCACCCCACUAGGAAAAAUAACAGAACUUAGAUAGAGAAAGGUCAAGGAAUUUUUCUGUUUGUUGUAUUUGCUUGUGUUGGAGCACUUUUUAACACUAAAAUCAGAGAUAUAUGAAAGUACUAUAUGUACUGGAAAGCUCAUGGGUUUAUCUGGUUUUAGUGCUUUUGUUAUGGUUGUCUUGGUGGUUUUGGAUGGUGUUCAAGUGGGAUUUGUGAAAGGUGAAAGCUUUGCUGAGAAUUAUAUUAGUUGGGAUGAUAUGAAGGUUGAUGAGCAUGAGGCUGGAUUGAACACUAGAUAUGAAUAUAAAGGAAGACGGAUUAUUGUGGUUGACAAGAAUGGUUGGGGAGAUUCUCAUACAGUUCAAGGAGCAGUUGAUAUGGUUCCAGAGCAUAAUACAGAAAGAGUAAAAAUUUAUAUUCAUCCAGGAAUAUACAGAGAAAAGGUACUUGUGCCAAUUACCAAGCCAUAUAUUUCUUUAAUUGGGAGCCAGGAUCAAACUGCAGUUACAAAAAUUACUUGGAACAAUAAAGCAUCAGAUAGAGACCGAAUUGGACUUCCACUUGGAACCUACAGAUCAGCUUCUGUGACCAUAGAAUCCGAUUACUUUUGUGCAACUAAUAUCACUGUUGAGAACACAGUAGUUGCAGUGCCUGGAGGAUUUGGAAUGCAAGCAGUGGCACUUAGAAUUGCUGGGGAUAAAGCCAUGUUCUAUAGAGUCAGGAUUUUGGGGACACAAGACACUCUCUUAGAUGACACUGGAUCACACUACUUCUACCAGUGUCAUAUUCAAGGAAGUGUAGACUUCAUAUUUGGAACUGCAAGAUCACUUUAUCAGGAUUGUGUCAUUCAAUCAACAGCCAAGAAUUGGGGAGCUAUUGCAGCUCAUCACAGAAAUUCACCAUAUGAAAAUACAGGGUUCUCUUUUGUAAACUGCACAAUCAGAGGAACUGGUGAAAUCUUAUUGGGAAGAGCUUGGGGUGACUAUUCAAGAGCAAUUUACUCAUACUGUGAUAUGGAUAAUAUCAUAUCUUCCUCAGGAUGGAGUGACUGGAGGCACCCAUCUAGGCAGAGGACAGUGGUGUUUGGGGAAUACCAAUGCAGGGGCGGAGGAGCAAAUACAAGAGGUCGGGUGCCAUGGUCCAAAUCUUUCAGUUAUGAUGAAGUUAGGCCUUUUCUGGACAGAAAAUUCAUAGAUGGAGACCAGUGGCUUAGACUGUAGUGCUUCUCCCACCUAGUUUGAUUGACUUUAAUCACUUCCCCAUCAUUAUCUAUUCAUUCUCAUAUACCAAGGACUCUCCAUGUCCUAUAAGGCUAAAACACUAUUUUUAAGGCACAAAUUUUGAUCCUUUUUCUUCUUCUUUUUUUGCUCUAUAUCUUGUAAUGCAAACAAUAAGGAUAGUCCAGAUGGUGUAUGCAAAAACUGUCGCCUAAUUAUUCACAUUGUAAUAAGACAUGAUAUAUAUUCUUUACUUGAGUC